CGCGGCCAGAAAAAAGCUGCAUUUAUUGAUGAAACCCGCGGCAGAUCCUGGCAUUUCAUUCCUUUUUGAUAGAGCGAACGGCUCAUUGCAAAAAGAGCAGCGCUGCGGCAAGCAGUGAUCGAGGUUUCAGGGCUGCCGCCACUUGCACUGAUUGAUUAAUGCCGCGUUCGCACGUAUUGCUGCUGUUAAGCGCCUGCGCCUGGUCACUGCACCCAUACCGAGUCGUUUUUCGAGAUGUGCACGCAGCAUUUCGCAGCGAAGAUAUUCACAGCGCGGCGCACGACCUGGGCGGUCGCGUAGAACACGUCUCGACGACGAGCGCGCGCCUGCACCUGCCCGACGAUGCUGCCGCCGCGACGCUGGCAGAGAGAUCUGUGCUCGUGCGCUACGUUUUAGAGGAGUGGGGCGCCGGCGCGACGCUGCGAGAAGCUGCUAGUCAAGCCCGCAUACCGAGCGACGGCUCGCUCGCGAACGGCGCGUCGUGGCGCGUGCGCGUGCAAGCAGCCGGAAGGCGCACGGGCCUCGUGAACGCCCACGACCCGGUCCUCUUCAAAGAGCUCGGCGGCGUCCUGGACGAACUCCCGGGCCCGGUGCGGCUCAAGGACGCGGAGGAAGACGUGGCCGUGCUGUUGCGAGGCGAGACCGUCGUCGUAGGACGUGUCGUCGCCCGCGGCUGUGCGGCGCAGCUGCUGAGCCAGUCUUGGUCCUGCGUCGAGUUCCAGUGCUUUCGUCACCGGUCGAUCGCCGCGCAGGUACCGUGUUGCGGACAGAGCGUACAGAGGCUCGACGACGAUGGACGCGACGCUCGCUUUCGUGACGGCGUCGUUCGCGCGCGUGCGGCCCGGCGAUCUUGUUUUGGAUCCCUUCUGUGGCACGGGCGGCAACCUCUUGGCUGCUUGUCACAUGUCCCGGCGGCCCGGCAUCGGCGCCGACGCCGACGCGCGGACGCUGCUGCGCGGCACAGCGAAUUGUGAAAACGGCUCCUUGAAACUCGACGCGCGGCUGCGCAAGGCGCAGAACAUGGCCAACGUCGGGGGCCGACGAGAAAAGAAACGGGGCGAGCCGUCCCUCGCGAGCGACGCGUCGAUCCGGCGGAAUUUCCUGGACCGCGGCCUGGACCCGCCGCGGCUCGUCGUCUCCGACGUGGCGGCUCUGGACGGCCGCCUCGAUGAUGAGGAGUACUACUUCGACGGCGGUUUUGUGCCCGUGGACGCCGUCGAUGCGAUCGUCUGCGACCCGCCGUACGGCGUCCGGGAGCGGGUGGACGUCGGCGUCGAGGGCGCGGCGCCGUGGCGGCCGGCGCUGUUUGAGUUGGCGGCAAAGCGGCUCCGCGCCGGCCGUCGGCUCGCGUUCUGGGUGCCGUCGAGCCAGGCGGCCGCGCCGGAGCUCUCGAGCGAAAUCGGGCACGAGCUGCCUCCAUCACUCUCGGUCGUCGCGGCGGCCACGCAGGCCCUCGGCGGCACGCGCGCGCGGACGCUGCUGGCCGUCGAGAAGUCUUAAUUAUACAGUGUUGUGCUUAG